AAAAAUUGAAAUCGCCGUCGCCUCUCCUCCCGCCUCCCGCUCGCCUCGCCGCUGCUGAAUCCGCUCCGGCCCACCUCGUCGUUGCUCUCUCCGUCCCUGCAGUGCUGGUUUGAAGAGGAAGCAUUCGUAAUACUGAAGUUAUGGGAGAUUCUGUAGAACUUGAAUGUGUAAAACCAGACGCUGCAUUUCAGAUCCAUCGCUUCAAGCAAUCAGCAUAUGCUGCUGCGUUGAGAGCGUUCUGUGCUCAGUCAGACUUUCUCUCAGGGACCAAAGAAGAAUGCCUUGCUGCACUGAGAAAUGAGCUUAAAAUAUUGGAGACUGAACACAGAGAGUAUCUUGUGAAGGCCAGAUCAAAUAAGCAAAUCAAGUCUUUGAGUACUGGCUUGAGCAAAGGAAACACUUGCAAUACUGAAGUAAUGAAGGAUACUCCAGAUCUUGCAUGUGUACUACCAGAUGCUGAAGAUACUGUAUUUCAGAUUCACUGCUUGGAGCGAUCAGCAUAUGCGUCUGUGUUAAGAGCUUUCUGUGCCGUGACAAACUACCUCUCAUGGUUACAGGUCAAGCUUCUUACUAAACUGAGAAAUGAACUUAGAAUAUCGCACAUGGAGCAUAAAGAAGUUCUUGUGAAGGUCAGUUCAGAUGAGCAUAUCAAAUCUUUGAGGAAAUUUAGUUUGGCAAACUUUUCUAUUUUUACGAGGAUGGAUCCUGCUUUUGAUGUGCAUGAUGUGGUUCAUGAUAAGAUUGGCUCAACUGGACAGGUCUCCACUUCAUCCACGAGCUGCCUCAGUUUGGCUCAGCAAUCACCAAUAUCAGAGCGUUCAAUGUCCUCUGCAAGGGACAUUGGGAUAUCAGAUAGCUCUAACAGGGCCAAAGAAGGACAUUUUUUUGAAACCCAUGCAGUGGUGUCGGCUAAAAGGUUGAAAUCUGUAAACGGGCGUGCACUAGCAUUAUUAAAAUCCUCCCCUUCUUCUGAACAGUUACCAGUGGCAGUUUCUGCGGUGGUGGUGAAAGGUUUCACAGAUGACACACUUGAUAGUGAGACCUUGUCCUGUGAAGUGAAGUCUGGUUGUAUUUCAUCUCCCAUUUUUCAAGAGCACAGCCAAUCAAAUGCUGGUCAUGUUCCUUCAUGUGUUGAUCGUGAUAGGCAAAAAUCAGGGAAAAGGAAAACUGUAGUGCCUGCGAUGAGGGGAUCUAAGAGUCUGUGUGUUAUGGGCAGAAAAUAUGGGAUUAAGUAUCAGAGGCACAGGAAUAAGGACUCAGAUUUGGAACAUGGUUCUGAAAGAAUUAAGCUUUGCCUAACUGCUAGCCUUCUAAACAAGGUUGAAAAACUAUUUAGAGAAAAUCCAGAUCCAGCUAAUUUAGAGACAGCAAAGUCAAUACUCAAAGCCCAAGAAAAGGAUCUUUUGGAUGCACUUGUUAAACUUUCUGAAGUAUCAUAUGGUGUGGCAUAUUUCAGUGCUAACGGUCAGCCGGCCAACCUCAACAAGCACGGCGAAGGCAAGGGCGACGAGGAGGUGCCGCCAAAGCCGGUGAGUUCAAGCGACGAGGCACCGCCUGAGACGAAGCUGGGGGACAGUGGAGAAGAAAACAAGAUCAAGAUCCAGGGCGUUGCUGCCACGGCGUUGUCCCCUUCAUCGACGACCCCGGCGCCGAGCAAGAAGCGGUUCCGUACCAAGUUCACGGCGGAGUAGAAGGAGCGGAUGCGGGAGUUCACGCACCGCGUCGGGUGGAGCAUCCACAAGCCCGACGCCGACGCCGUCGACGCCUUGUGCGCCCAAGUCGGCGUCUCACGGCACA